GUUGAGGGGAAGGGCCUGGGCCUCACCUCUUUCUGGACAGGCCAACGAGACGAACUGCGGCCAGGGAGGAUACCAGGUGCGCUGCAAGGAAGCGCCACAAGGAAGGGCGCCAAGACCAGGGUUGCGCCCUUGUCCUUGCAGGCAGUAUAAAGGCAUUUCUGGGCAAGCUCUGGUAAUACUCCCAGUUGUGAAUACUAAUUGCAUCGCUCGUCAUGGCGGCUCACGGUGCAGAGAAUGGCGUAGUUGUUCCAAAUGCGAAUGGCACCGCCAAUAAGCUGGAAAAUGGGGACGCCCCUCAGAAGAAGUCAAAGGCUGCAGAGAAGAGGCAGAAGCGGAGGGAGAAAAAGAAACAGAACAAAGUGAAGGCGGUGGUUGAAGAGCCUGCAAAGCAGCAGGCUGAAGAGCCUCUUGAGAAAGUUGAGAUUGAGUACGUUGCAGAGAAGCCGGUGAUUGAGGGAGCAGAAGGAUAUGAAGAGCUUCUGGAAGUAUUCAACAAGUUCACGCCAUCAGAGGAUACUUCCAAAGCCGACGAGGAGGCGGCGGCCGCAGCUGAGGAAGAAGCAAAGAAGGCAAAGAAGAAGGAGGAGGAAGAAGAGGAGGAGGAAGAGGAGGACGAUGAAGAAAAGGAGGGGAAGAUGUCGAACAAGAAGAAAAAGUUGCUGAAGAGGUUAAAGAUUGCAGAGCUGAAGCAGCUGAGCAGGCGACCCGAGACUGUUGAGAUUUGGGACACAACAGCGAUGGACCCGAAGCUCCUGGUGUACCUGAAAGCAUAUAGAAACACGGUGCCCGUGCCGCGGCACUGGUCGCAGAAGCGAAAGUUUUUGCAGGGAAAACGAGGUAUUGAGAAGAUUCCGUUCCAACUGCCAGACUUCAUCGCAAACACCGGUAUCGAGAAGAUUCGACAGGCGUAUCAGGAGAAAGAGGACUCAAAGAAGUUGAAGCAGAAGCAGCGGGAGCGGAUGCAGCCCAAGAUGGGCAAGCUCGACAUUGACUACCAGGUGCUACACGACGCGUUCUUCAAGCACCAGACGAAGCCGAAGUUGACGGGGCAAGGAGACCUGUAUUAUGAGGGAAAGGAGUACGAGCGAAAAAUGAACGACUAUAAGCCGGGGGAGCUCUCGGAGGAGCUGCGAGAAGCGUUGGGAAUGGACGAGCAGUCCCCUCCGCCCUGGCUGGUCAACAUGCAGCGGUAUGGUCCCCCCCCCUCUUACCCUAGCCUCAAAAUCCCCGGCCUCAACGCCCCCAUCCCCGAAGGAGCCUCCUUCGGGUACCACCCCGGGGGCUGGGGCAAACCUCCUGUUAACGAGUACGGGCAGCCUAUCUACGGGGACGUGUUUGGAACGACGAAGAAGGACGUAGAAGAGGAGGUAUUUGAGGACGAGCCGGUCGACCGGUCCAAGCAUUGGGGCGAGCUGGAGUCCGACGAGGAAGAAGAGGAGGAGUCCGAAGCGGAGUCGGAGGAGGACGCGGGCAUGGACGAGGAACAAAUGCAGGCGGGGAUGGCGUCGGUCGACACCGUUUCGACGACGCCGGCGGGACUGGAAACCCCGGAUCUGAUUAACCUGAGAAAGGGUCAGCCGGAAAAGCCGCUGUAUCAGGUGUUGGAGCAGAGAGAGGGGCGGGUCGCGGAGGGGGAGCUUAUGGGCAGCUCGCACACAUACGCAGUGCCGGGGGCGAAAAAGGCCCAAAAGGGCGACCGAAUCGACAUCACGCUGCGGCCAGAGGAGCUGGAGGCGCUGGACGACGCCUCCCUGGCAGCGCGGUACGAGCAGGCUCGAAAAGUGGAGCAAGACAGGGAGACCGAGUUACAGCCUGCAAAGGAGGAUUUCAGCGAUCUGGUUGCAGAAAACGAGAAGAAGCGGAAGCGGAAGCAGCAAGAAAAGGAUUCCAAGGGCAAGAAGCAAAAAGACUUCAAGUUCUAGAGCAGGGCGCAGGUUCAUGUUGUGUCGUAUUCGAGACUUGUACCCGAGCUCUUCUUGUAUUCAUACACAUCUUGACAGGCGUGGGAGAAUGAUUCCUUGCGAGCCCUCCUGAG